UUGUGUCUGAAUGGCUGAAGCAGCGGAAUCUUGUUUUCUGGGCUUUGAUUUCAGCACACAGCAGCUGAAAGUUGUGGCCAUUGAUGGAAAUCUGGAGGUGAUUCAUCAGAGCAGCGUUCAGUUCGACAGCGAGCUGCCAGAGUUCAGGACUCAUGGAGGAGUUCAUAUUCAUGAGGAUAAGCUGACGGUGACGUCUCCGGUGCUCAUGUGGGUGAAGGCUCUCGAUGUGCUGCUGGAGAGGAUGAGAGACUCUGGCUUUGAUUUCUCCAGAGUGAAGGCCGUCUCCGGCAGUGGACAGCAACAUGGCAGUGUUUUCUGGAGGAGCGGCGCAAGACAAACCCUGAAGCGUCUGAACCCACAGCAGCGUUUACACCAUCUCCUCCAGGGGUGUUUUGCGCUGCAGGACAGUCCCGUGUGGAUGGACUCCAGCACAGCAGAUGAGUGUGUGUCUCUGGAGGCGUCAGUAGGGGGCGCUCAGAGCCUCGCAGACAUCACUGGAUCACGAGCUUAUGAGCGCUUCACUGGAAAUCAGAUUGCGAAGAUUUAUCGCUUGAAGCCGAAGGAGCUCAGUGAGACGGAGAGAAUUUCCCUGAUCAGCAGUUUCGCUGCUUCUCUGUUUCUGGGCGACUUUGCUCCAAUCGACUUCAGUGACGGAUCAGGGAUGAAUCUGAUGGAUAUUUUCCAGAAACGCUGGUCAUCGGUGUGUUUACAGGCCACAGCGCCGCAUUUAUCUGAGCGACUCGGAGAACUCACACCGUCUACAGCCGUUCUGGGCUGUGUUUCUCCAUAUUACUCUGAACGCUACGGGUUUCCACAAAACUGUAGAGUAGUGGCAUUCACUGGAGACAACCCUGGAUCUCUGGCUGGAAUGAGGCUGCGGGAGGGAGAUCUGGCGGUGUUUAAGAACGGCUCUCUGACCCGUGAGCGUGUGCGUGAUGAGUGUGCUGGAGGAUCAUGGGAGCGUUUCUCCAGCGCUCUGAGGGACACACACAUGGGCAACUCUGGGAAUAUAGGCAUGUAUUAUGAUGUGCUGGAGAUCACUCCUGCAGCCGCCGGUGUUCACAGGUUUAAUGCUGAAGGUCAUCAGGUUUCUGCCUUCCAGCCCCAGGUGGAAAUCCGAGCUCUGGUUGAAGGACAGUUUAUGGCCAAGCGAGUUCAUGCCGAAAAACUGGGCUACAAGAUCAUUCAGGGCUCCAGAGUUCUGGCCACUGGAGGAGCCUCGGCUAACAAGGACAUUUUACAGGUCCUGUCUGACGUCUUCAACGCUCCGGUUUACACCAUCGACGUCGCCAACUCGGCCUGUCUGGGCUGCGCUUACAGAGCUGCACAUGGUGUGGUGGCAGAUUCAGGAGUGUCUUUCAGAGAGACGGUGAGAAACGCUCCUGAACCGCAGCUGGCUGUGAGACCAACACCUGGAGCUCAGGAGGUUUAUUUACCGAUGCUGGAGAGAUUCGCCAAACUAGAGGAACAACUACUGAGAUGAUCAACACACACACACAUGCUGUACAAACUCAGUGUACAAACAAACACACUCAUACACACAGUACAAACACAUACUUUACAAACAUGCACACACACACACAAACUAUACAAACACAUAUUGUACAAACACAUACACACUCUUACACAAAACAAAACAAACACACUGUACAAACAUGCUUGCACACAUACAUACUGUACAAACACAUGCUGUACAAACGUGUGCACACACAUACACAUACUGUACACACACACAUACAUACUGUGCAAACAAAUGCACACACAAUCAUGCACAAACACUCAUGCACAAACACAAACAAACGCACACACACAUACUGUACCAACACACACAUGCACAAACAAACACAAUGAUACACAAAGAAACACAAACACACACACAGUGCACAGAUGCCUAUUACUAAGUGUCAUUAAUACUAAAGCAUAAUAUUAAUAAUAACACAAACCUAUUUUAAAAGUGAUCAUCAAUGGACAUUAAAAAUGUUCUCAUAUAAAUGUAAUUAAUAAUAAAGAUUUUAAUUAUUACAUCAGAGAAUAACUACAAUAUUAAACUGAAUGAGGAAAGAUAAAAUCAUGAAUAACAAAAUACGCAAAACUGAUCCUUUACGGAUAUCUGCUCACAUUUAAUUACUAAACUUCCCUUCAGUCUUCAUGAAGCUGUGAUUCCUGUGCUGAAGCUCUGUUCAGGAUGAAGAAUCUGAUUCUGCAAUAAAUGUGAUUGUCAAGGUC